AUGUUUGGAGCAUCUAAUAAUACGUUUGGUGGUGGUGGAGCAAGACCUUUUGGUUCCAAUGUUUCACAAUUCGGGAAACCACAACAGGCUUCAACUGGAUUUGGUAUGAAUCAAACUAAUACUCAAUCUACGUUUGGUGCGUUUGGUUCCAAUACUGCUGCGGGACAAUCCAACACUGGUGGAAUGACUCCAUCUUUUGGUUUAGGAAACACUUCAGGCACUAUGAAUUCUCCCUUCGGUCAGAAUGUUAAUCCCAGUAACCAAGGUGGUCUUUUUGGAUCAAAUUCUUUAACCUCCAGUGCGUCAUCAAAUGCAAUGGGUGGUCAAGCAGGUACCUCUCUUAAGCCAUUUACUGAAUAUCAAGAGAAAGAUAAUACUACAGGAACUAUGAACCAUUUUCAAAGUAUUACUUGUAUGCCAGAAUAUAGAAAUUUUUCAUUUGAAGAAUUAAGGUUCCAAGAUUAUCAAGCGAACCGUAGAUACCCAAAUGCUCCAGGUACUGCUGGUUCACAAUUUGGUGCAACAACUUCAGCUGGUGGAUUUGGUAAUAUGUUAGGUUCAAAUACAAAUCAGCCUGUGAGUAGUGGUACUGGCGGCUUAUUUGGACAAAACCCACUAUCAAAACCUUCAUUUGGUUCUGCUGCCUCAGCUAAUACAAAUGCUGGUUUUGGUUCUUCAUUCGGAGGAAACGCUAGUGGUACAGCAAAUGCAUUUGGUGGAUCCAAUGCCCCAAAGUUAGGAAUGGGCGGUACUACAGGUGGUGGUCUCUUUGGUCAAAGUCCAAACCAACAAUCAGGAGGUUCAUUUGGGCAGACUACUAAUCAAGCAUCAAGUUCAUUUAAUACAGGUAAUGCCUUUGGUGCCAGUAAUACUUCUGGAGGUGGUUUAUUUGGCCAAAACAAUCAACAACAAGGUGGAGGAGGUUUAUUUGGACAAGCCCAAAACCAAGGUCAACAGCAAGGAGGAUUAUUUGGUCAAAAUCCUCAACAACAACAAGGUGGCUUAUUUGGACAAGCCCAAAACCAAGGUCAACAGCAAGGUGGAUUAUUUGGCAAUAAACCUGCUUCAGGAGGUGGUCUAUUCGGACAACAAUCAAAUACAUUCAAUCAAAACCAACAAUCUGGAAGUCUGUAUGGUCAAAAUUCCCAACAACAACAAGGUGGGGGAGGUUUAUUUGGACAAGCCCAAAACCAAGGUCAACAGCAAGGAGGAUUAUUUGGUCAAGGGAAUCAACAACAACAAGGUGGGUUAUUUGGACAAAACACUCAACAACAGGCGGGAGGUUUUGGUGCUAAGCCCGCUGGUGGUUUGUUUGGCCAAAAUCAACAGACUACAAGCUUUGGUUCUGGAUCAGGUACAGCACAAGGUGGUUUAUUCGGUCAAAGCACCCAACAACAAGGUGGAGGAGGUUUAUUUGGACAAGCCCAAAACCAAGGUCAACAGCAAGGAGGAUUAUUUGGUCAAGGGAAUCAACAACAACAAGGUGGGUUAUUUGGACAAAACACUCAACAACAGGCGGGAGGUUUUGGUGCUAAGCCCGCUGGUGGUUUGUUUGGCCAAAAUCAACAGACUACAAGCUUUGGUUCUGGACCAGGUACAGCACAAGGUGGUUUAUUCGGUCAAAGCACCCAACAACAAACUGGAGGAGGCCUGUUUGGUCAAGGUGUAAACCAAGGCCAACAACCACAACCACAACAACAAGCGGGUGGAUUAUUUGGACAAAGUACUCAACCACAAACAGGUGGAUUGUUUGGAGCGAAACCUGCUGGAUCAACGACUGGAGGAUUAUUUGGUGCUAAUACGUCCACACAACAACCAGCUGCUACCCAAGGGAGUGGCCUAUUCGGAGCCAAGCCAACAGGUACUGGACUAUUCGGUGGCCAAACACAAGGAUCAACUACAUCAGGGGCUUCAGCCGGAGGCUUGUUUGGCAAAAGUGCCAAUCCUGCUCCUGGUGGAGCUGGUUUAUUUGGAAAUACAGCUCAAUCAAAUUCAGUUUCUUCUAAUACUGGUGGUUUAUUUGGUUCAAAGCCAGCUGCAACUGGGGGAUUAUUCGGAGGCCAACCUUCGGCUCCUUUAUCGACUUUCGGCCAAAAUCCAGCGACAACCUCACUCCAAACACCUGGAACUGGAAGUCUAUUUGGCGCUAAACCAGUUUCAACUAUCGCACCAAAUACAGCUUCACAGAUGCAACAACAAACUGGUAUUUCUACUACCAAUCCAUACGGAACUAAUGAAUUAUUUACCAGAAUUACUAUUCCAGAAUCUAUUACAGCUCCUAGUCAACCUAGGUUCACGAAGGUUAAUACCGACACUAAAGCAACAUCUUUAAAUACUGCAUAUAAAUUGAAUCCAAAACCUCUUUUCAGCAAGGGUUCUUUACCAUCAGCUUCUAUUGCUCAUGCUACUCCUUCAAUAGACAAAGCUCCUCAAAAUACUGAUAAAUCAGAUAAUGAAACUACAUUAGUAAAGUUUGGUUCUUCAUUAUUCAAUCCGGAGACUGAUGAAGCGUUGAUCACUGCAGAUGAGUUAUUAUUCAACCCCGACAGGAAAUCAUUUAAAACUCUAUUGAUAAACAAGAAAAAGGUUAAUGAGGCACUAUUGAAUGAAAAGAGCACAAGUCCAGAUAAAGAUAUAAAGAGAAUUACUUUCAAUGAAAAAUCCUUACUCAAAGAUGAAGAUUCUGUAAGAAGUUCAAUUUUUGACAAUGUUCUAGAAACACCAACAAAUACGGAAAAUAAGCUUUCAGAAGCAUCAUCGGUUGAUCAUGAUUUUAAUGAAAGGCAAGAAGUAAGUAGACCAGAUUUGAAAGGUGAUCUAAUGCCAAAUGGCAUCUCUAAAUUACCAGGUGUCAAAGGAUCAGAUUUUACUCAAAUGGAAAAUGGCUAUUACAUUUCUCCCUCCCUAGAUACAUUAGCUAGCAUGUCACUUUUCCAAUUGUCAUCGGUAACUAACUUUGUAGUUGGCCAUAAGGAUCAUGGAUACAUCGAAUUCAUGGAACCUGUCAACUUAACUGAUAUUCCACUUACUUUAAUUUGUGGUGGCAUUAUAGAAUUUAGACCUCGAGCAUGUAUAGUGAAGUCUGGUAAUGAGGCUGGUUUCCAUGGCAAGGGGUUCAACGUGCGUGCAAGAAUUGUAUGCUAUAAAUGUUUCCCAUUAGACAAGUCAACAAGAAAACCAGUUACCAAUCCGGAUCAUGCCCUUGUGAAGAACCACAUCAAGAAAUUUAAAUCCAUGCCAAACUGUAAAUUUGAAAGUUAUGAUCCAAAGACAGGUACUUAUGUGUUUGCUGUUGACAACGCAUGCUCUUAG